GCGUGAUAUCGUGGAUGUUGUGUACUGUGUGUUUUGUGCCUAUCGCAUACAUUGUCAUCUGCUUCUCACGAGGUACACAAAUGCAGUUCGUAAAGAUGGUUUAUCGAAGCAUAUUUCCAAAUGAAUUCUCGCAGCCGGUGAACUGAGUAACAGUGCUAAACCUGACGCGAGGUCCUCACCCGCGUUAGGUGCGUUGUGGGCCACCUAUCCGCGUCCAAGCUGUGUCGAGCACUCAAGUCAUGGUAUCGAGGGUCGACACGAACUUCGGUUGUGACGAUUUUUUCGGGACUUAUCAUUGCACCCAAGACAUGGCUUGUGACCGUGGUAAUUCGGACUUCGAGUUCAUCAUACCGCCAGAGGCGCCGGUCUUCGAACCGAGUAUCGAGGAGUUUCACGACCCCCUUGGCUACAUCGCAAAAAUACGACCGAUCGCUGAGAAGUCUGGCAUUUGUAAGAUCAAACCGCCGCCUAAUUGGCAACCACCAUUUGCUGUUGAUGUUGAUAAAUUCAAAUUUGUUCCAAGGAUACAGAGAUUGAAUGAAUUAGAAGCAAAAACAAGAAUAAAACUUAAUUUCUUGGAUCAAAUUGCAAAAUUUUGGGAACUUCAAGGUUCUUCUUUAAAAAUUCCACUUGUAGAACGCAAGGCUCUUGAUUUGUAUUCCUUACACAAAAUAGUCACUGAUGAGGGUGGUAUUGAGACUGUGACAAAAGAAAGGAGAUGGGCAAAAAUUGCAAAUAAAUUAGGUUAUCCUUCUGGACGCAGUGUAGGAAGUAUUCUAAAAAAUCACUAUGAACGCAUUUUAUAUCCAUUUGACGUAUUUAAACAAGGGAAAACAUUGACAGAUAUAAAAAUUGAACCAGAUUCUAAUGUGAAUGAGAAAAAAGAUAGAGAUUAUAAACCACAUGGAAUUAUAUCACGACAACAAAUUAAACCCCCAACUGAAAAGUUUUCACGUCGGUCAAAAAGAUUUAGUUGCCAAGAAGAAAAGCAGGAAGCUUCUAUUAAACAAGAAGAUUGUAAGGAUGAAUGUGACUCUGAUAGUGAUUGUAAAGAUGGAAUUAGAAGUAGACAUUAUGAUGAUAAAGAUAAUAGUAAAGAACUUAAAAAACUACAAUUUUAUGGACCUGGCCCAAAAAUGGCUGGGUUUAAUACCAAAGAAGCAAAAAAAUCUAAUAAAACUAGAGGUGUAAAACUUGUUUAUGAAUUUGACCCUUUGGCAAAGUAUAUUUGCCACAAUUGUGGAAGAGGUGAUAAUGAAGAAAAUAUGCUUUUAUGUGAUGGAUGUGAUGAUAGUUAUCAUACUUUUUGCUUAAUGCCUCCGUUGACAGAAAUACCAAAAGGUGAUUGGAGGUGUCCAAAAUGUGUUGCAGAAGAAGUUUCUAAACCAAUGGAAGCAUUUGGAUUUGAACAAGCACAAAGGGAAUAUACCCUUCAACAAUUUGGAGAAAUGGCUGACCAGUUUAAAAGCGAUUACUUUAACAUGCCUGUACAUAUGGUACCAACAUCUUUAGUAGAAAAAGAAUUUUGGCGGAUAGUUUCUUCCAUUGAUGAAGAUGUAACAGUUGAAUAUGGAGCAGAUUUACAUACUAUGGAUCAUGGAUCCGGAUUUCCAACAAAAACAAGUGUUAAUUUGUUUACCUGUGAUCAAGAGUAUGCUGAAUCUUCCUGGAAUUUAAAUAACUUGCCAGUUUUACGUGGAAGUGUCCUAGGUCAUAUUAAUGCUGAUAUUAGUGGUAUGAAAGUUCCAUGGAUGUAUGUUGGUAUGUGUUUUGCAACAUUUUGCUGGCACAAUGAGGAUCAUUGGAGCUACUCAAUUAAUUAUUUACACUGGGGAGAGCCAAAAACAUGGUAUGGUGUACCAGGCUCUCAGGCAGAACGAUUUGAACAUUCAAUGAAAUCUGCUGCACCAGAAUUAUUUCAUAGUCAACCAGAUUUACUUCAUCAGUUGGUUACUAUUAUGAAUCCUAAUAUUUUAACAAAUGAAGGUGUUACAGUAUUCAGAACUGAUCAACACGCGGGUGAAUUUGUCGUAACAUUUCCAAGAGCAUAUCAUGCAGGCUUUAAUCAAGGAUACAAUUUUGCUGAAGCUGUAAAUUUUGCUCCUGCUGAUUGGCUUAAAGUUGGACGAGAAUGUAUAACUCAUUAUUCGAAUUUAAGACGAUUUUGUGUAUUUUCUCAUGAUGAAUUAGUAUGUAAAAUGUCAUUGGAUCCAGAUUCAUUGGACAUAGGAAUUGCAACUGCAACUUAUCACGAUAUGCUUCAAAUGGUGGAUGAUGAGAAAAAACUACGAAAGAAUUUGUUGGAAUGGGGUGUAACAGAAGCAGAACGAGAAGCAUUUGAACUUUUGCCAGAUGAUGAGAGACAGUGUGAAGCGUGCAAGACAACUUGUUUUUUGAGUGCAGUUACAUGUUCAUGCCAAAGUUCUCAGUUAGUUUGUUUAAGACAUUUCACAGAGCUUUGUGAUUGUCCUCCAGAAAAGCAUACAUUACGUUAUCGCUAUACUUUAGACGAAUUACCAAUUAUGUUACAAAAAUUAAAAUUAAAAGCAGAGUCAUUUGACUCAUGGGUGACAAAAGUAAAGGAAGCAAUGGAUCCUGACAAAAAGAAUGAUAAAAUUGAAUUAAGUGAAUUGAAAGAACUUUUAAAUGAAGCAGAAAAUAAAAAAUUUCCAGAAAGUGAAUUGCUUACAGCUUUAACAACUGCUGUGCAGGAUGCUGAAAAAUGUGCAAGUGUUGCACAGCAACUUUUGAAUAACAAACAACGUACCAGAACCAGGCAAUCUGUUGAAACUAAAUACAAGCUUACAGUAGAAGAAUUAACUCUUUUCUACAAAGAAAUAACAAACCUAUGCUGUGAACUUAAGGAAUCUGAUGGAGUAAAAUUCAUACUUGAUCAAGUGUUGCAAUUUCAAAAAGAAGCAGAAGAAUUAGAAUCUAAAGAAGAUGAUUGUGAUAUUGAACAAUUGGAAAAGUGUAUUGAUUUUGGGGAUUCUAUUUGUAUUGAACUACCUCAACUUACACGUUUGAAACAAAAAUUAGCACAAAUACAAUGGCUUGAGGAAGUAAAGUCUAUUCAAGAAGAUCCAAAAUCUAUACACCGUGAUGACUUAUUAAAAUUGAUUGAAAAAGGUAUGACAAUACCUCCUCACUUGAGUAUAGAACAUACUCUUUCAAAACUACAAGUAUUAAUGCUUGCAAUUGAUAAGUGGGAAGAAAAGGCAAAGCUGUAUCUUCAUACAAAAAAUAGACAAACUAUUUCAAGUCUUGAAGAAUUUAUUCAUGCAGCUGACAGUGUAGAGGCUUAUUUACCAAGUUUAGAUGUUCUUCAAGACACGUUGAAUAAAGCAAAAAAUUGGACAAAGAUGGUAGAAGAGAUGCAAGCAAGAGAUAAUUUUCCAUAUUACAAUACAUUAGAUGACCUAAUUAAAAGGGGUAGAAAUAUUUCACUGCAUCUAGAUGCCCUUCCAAUCUUAGAAUCUACACUAUCACAAGCAAAAACCUGGAAAGAAAGGACAGCAAGAACAUUCCUAAGGAAAAAUUCACAUUAUACUUUAAUGGAAGCUUUAUCACCACGAAUAGGAGUUGGUAUACAAGCUUUAAAAGCUAAAAAGAGUAAGAGUGAAGAUUCCGUAGGACCUGUAUUCGUCUGUGAUACAAAAUUGGACGAUUCCAAUGACUCGGCUACUAUUGUAGCCGCAUUUAAAUUAGCCGAACAACGUGAAAUGGAAGCAAUGAGAAAUUUAAGGGACAGAAAUUUAAUGAAAACCGAAAUAGACGAUUCGAGGUAUUGUGUCUGUCGUCGACCAAGGUUUGGGCUCAUGCUUCAAUGUGAGCUUUGUAAAGAUUGGUUCCAUUCAAAUUGCGUACCCUUGCCAAAAACAUCGUACAAAGGAAAAUUACCAAUGUCAAGGGAAAUUAAAUUUUUAUGCCCUUGUUGUUUACGUUCACGGCGGCCACGGUUAGAAACUAUUUUGGCACUUUUAGUUAGUCUUCAAAAAAUUCCAAUCCGUUUACCAGAGGGUGAAGCAUUGCAGUGUUUAACGGAACGUGCAAUGAAUUGGCAGGAUCGAGCACGGCAGGCACUAGCUACGGAUGAAAUUUCGUCGGCAUUGGCAAAAUUAUCUGUACUUUCGCAAAAACUGGUUGAAGCGGCAGCAAGGGAAAAGACAGAGAAAAUUAUCAGCAGUGAACUGAAAAAAGCAGCCAAUAAUCCUGAAUUACAUCAGAGAGUACAAGCAAUUGCACCUCUUAGUGGUGUGCAUUCAGAUGACAGCGCGCUUAGUACUGCAGAUGAUGAUGACGAUGUUGUUACUAUAGAUGAUGACGAGCCAAGCUGCAGUACGUUCAACAGCAAUGAACACGCAUAUUCUUAUAUAUCAAAAAUUCAACGAAAAUCGCAAUCAAAUGAUUCGGCCGAAGUUGCCGUUGUACUUUCACAGACAGCGAGGUUACGUUUAGAAGAAUUAAUGAUGGAAGGUGAUUUAUUAGAAGUUGCAUUAGAUGAAACCCAACACAUUUGGCGUAUAUUAAGUCAUACAAAUAGUCCAAGUACCGUUCGGAAGUACGCAUCAUAUGAAGAAAUUCAGUCUGGUAUAAAUCAAGAUACAAAGGAUGUAAAAAAGCGUGGAAGAAAAAGGAAAUCCGAAGAAUUCGAGUUAUUGAAAAAACUUGGAAGGCAAAAAAUGGAAGAAAAAAACUUAGCUAAACGAAAAGUGCUGCAGAAAGAAAAGAAAUCGGCUAGUUCCCCAUUGCCAAUAAAGCGUGGACCUCGAAAGAUAAAACGCAAAGAAGGUGAAGAUGGUCCAAAGAAAAGAGGUGGUAACAGGAAAAAGACCAAACAAGAUACUUCGGACGAAGAAGAUGAUUGCGCAGCUGUUAAUUGCUUACGACCUAGUGGUAGGGAAGUUGACUGGGUACAAUGUGAUGGCGGCUGUGAAGGUUGGUUUCAUAUGCACUGUGUUGGAUUAGAUCGUACAGAAAUUGCGGAGGAAGACGAUUACAUAUGCAGUAAUUGUAAAGAUGCAGAACAGAAUUCAACGUCAAGAGCGCCAGAUCCAUUAGCUGAAUCAUUAGGCCUGGAUGCACUUCUUUCCCUUUCUCAAUCUCAGGGUUACCAGGGCACAGACAGUGAAGCAGACAUUCAAGAAACGACAUCCUUCGUCAGGACUUACUAGCCGGCUUUAUCGUGUUAGCUCUGUACAAGGCUAGGAUGUUUAUCAAUUUCAAAUAAUUUCGACUGUGAAGCUUACAGUCCGACAAUUAACGUUACCUACAAUCAUUAUUCAGUCAGUUGGUACUGCAGGUCACCAUGUGCCGUUUGAGUAGAGUUGCGAGUGGAUAUUGGAGAUAAAGUAUUAUAAUGCGAUCAAAUUAUAAUCUUGACGACUAUGAACUUAUAUUUUGAUUUGAUACGCUAUA